UAGCUGUGCAGGGUUAAGACAGACAGAGUGAAUAGGAUAGCAAGUAAGAGCAAACAGCUUUUAUAUAAGGACGGGAUCAUCGACAAAAGGUACACCCAACAAAAGUGACAUUCAGUUCUAAUUUACAAGGAUUAUGUUUCACAGCUGAACCACCACUCUCCGUCCAUUUCACCUGUUGAAGGCAGGUUAUGACAUACAGGGUGACUCUCUGUUAAAAAGCGUUGUGAAUGUGUUCAACAGCCAACUAUGUUCUCCCACUAAGGAGAACUUGUGAGUCUUUGGGGGCCCCGGGGAGACGGUACGGGAGCGCAUCCAUGACCUCCAGCUUCCAGGGAGGGCGGCCUCAUGGGAUUGCAGAAGACAUGGGCCAGGACAUGGAUUUGGCCUGGCAGGAGCUGAUGACCAUCACGGAUCUACAGGAGUUCAAUGUCCCAGCUGAGAGCUCCUAUGAACCAUCACCGUACAAUUCUGUCAUUCCCCUGGUCCCGAUAGGGGACUACAGCAUGACCCAGUCCCGUUCAGCCGCAUGUGAACCCAACACUGCUCAAUAUGAGGAACCCUACUCAGAGGUGAGGCAAGCAUGCCAUCAUCUGGGCUCCACUGCCGAGGCAAUGUUUGCUCUCAAUGUUACUCAUCCCAGCCCCAGGAUGCUGCCUUCCUCUGCUUCAACCCAUCAUUUGGAAGGGAAAGAGCAGAUGAAAAUGGGCUGUAUCACUAACAGAACAAAUAUGCCAUGGACUACUCACAGAUCAAACAUGCAUCAUAGCUCUGUGGAUGACCUUGAGUCCGACUCUGGCCUGUCUUUGGGUUCUAGUCCUCCCCUAACCUCCCCAGAUGAUGCCCAGAUUGCCUCCACAUCAUACCCAAACGCAGAUGCACGCAUCACGUAUAGCAAUGGAGAGAGUCAUGGUCUACAAACCAGUAGGCCUCAGUCACGGUUCACUGUGGAGCAUCAGCUGCACCAUCAUUUGUAUUCUCACCCAGCCCAGUCUUCUUACCUCCCCUCUCAACCUUACUUUAAUCAUGAACCCAACUCUAUGACCCCUCUACCCAAGCCCCAGCAUUACCAAGGAAAUACUUUGAACGACCAGAUAGAUGGCGCCGAGUUGUCCAGCAGAGGGUGCUCUCAUCAGAGCAUGCAUGUGAAGCAACAAGAUAACCACACCCACCCAGCACCACUGAGCAGAGAUGAGAGACGCGCACUAGCCCUGAAAAUCCCCUUUACUGCGGAAAAGAUCAUCAACGUGCCAGUCGACGACUUCAAUGAGCUCUUGACACAGCACACACUGUCUGAGUCUCAGCUGGCUCUGGUCAGGGAUAUAAGACGGCGAGGGAAGAACAAGGUUGCUGCCCAGAACUGCAGGAAGAGGAAGCUAGAGAAUAUAGUUCACCUUGAGGGAGAACUGGACCAGCUACAAGCACACCAAGAGCAGCUGGCUCAGCAGAGAAUAAAGUUUCAAAACAGCCUUGCUAUUGUAAAGUGCCAUCUCACAGACCUUUACAGUAAAGUGUUUACCUAUUUAAAGGAUGAACACGGUCAGCCAUAUUCGAUAGACGAGUACUGCCUACAGCAGACACCUGAUGAUAAAGUCUACCUGGUGCCGCAAAAUAUGCAAGGAAGGCAGCAACGCUGAGUAAUUUCAUAAUGUAUAUCAUUAACUCAGCUCAUUUCAUUUAAAUUUUCCGUAGUUGGCAAGCUUAAGGCAUGCAUUUUGUAACAUCAAUAAACAUUUGUUCUUGAGAAAUACUUUGUUAAAAAUACAAAUACAUCGUUUUGUACAAAUAUUUUAUUAGAAAUGUUAAAAAGACCGCACAGCAGCCAUGCAAUUUGUUGAAGCAUAUCAGCCUCAAACGCCAUCUGUCCAUGAAACCUAUGGUGGCAUACAGGGAACAAGUUUAGAACACAGUCAGUCAUGUGCUCGUAUUGUUACUACACCGCCCUUUAAACAAACCUUAAUAAAGUGCCUGAUCCACCGUCAUUCAUUCAAUGUUGCAGCAGCGCAAUGCCAAUUCCCCUGUAAAAUGAGAUACCAAGCGUG